GCUCUCCGGAGUCUCAAUUGGAGGCGUGGCUGCAAGCACAGCCCUGACAUCCUCCCCUCUAUAUAGGCUGCAGCUGGGGGCGCUCCCUGUGAAUCGGGCUUUGUGCGGCGAUAGAGGGGGGCCGGGGGGGGGACGCGCGGUCCAGGCGAACAAAGGCCGGGGGGAGGCAGGAAGCGGGAGGCGUGGAGAAAACCCAGGCCAGCCGCCGCUGCCCCCUGUUGUGGCGCGUUCGCUCUCUCUCGCUGCAGCCCAGCCGGCUCCUGCAGCCCCAGCGCCUCCGCUUCUCCCCCGCGUCGCUGCGCCAGCAUGACCGCCAACGGGACCUCGGCGCCGCUCCAGAUCCAGUUCGGGCUCAUCAACUGCGGCAACAAGUACCUGACGGCCGAGGCCUUCGGCUUCAAGGUGAACGCCUCGGCGCCCAGCAUGAAGAAGAAGCAGAUCUGGACGCUGGAGCAGGACGGCGACGACUCCAACGUGGUCUUCCUGAAGAGCCACCUGGGCCGCUACCUGGCGGCCGACAAGGACGGCAACGUGAGCUGCGAUCGGGAGCAGCCGGCCGCCGACUGCCGCUUCGUCAUCCUGGCCCACGACGACGGGCGCUGGUCGCUGCAGUCCGAGCCCCACAAGCGCUACUUCGGCGGCACCGAGGACCGCAUCUCCUGCUUCGCCCAAGCCGUGUCGGCGGCCGAGAAGUGGAGCGUGCACAUCGCCAUGCACCCGCAGGUGAACAUCUACAGCCUCACCAGGAAGCGCUACGCCCACCUGAGCGCCAAGCAGGAGGAGAUGGCGGUGGACCGCGACGUGCCCUGGGGGGUGGACUCCCUCAUCACCCUGGUCUUCCAGGACCAGCGCUACAGCGUCCAGACCUGCGACCACCGCUUCCUCCGCCACGACGGCCGGCUGGUGGAGAAGCCCGAGAAGGGCACCGGCUACACGCUGGAGUUCAGGUCCGGCAAGGUGGCCUUCCGGGACGGCGAGGGACGCUACCUGGCUCCCUCCGGGCCCAGCGGCACCCUCAAGGCCGGCAAGAGCACCAAGGUGGGCAAGGACGAGCUCUUCGUGCUGGAGCAGAGCUGCCCCCAGGUGGUCCUGAGAGCCGGCAACGAGAGGAACGUGUCCACCAGGCAAGGGAUGGACCUUUCAGCCAAUCAGGACGAGGAGAGUGACCAAGAAACCUUCCAACUGGAGAUUAACAAGGACACCAAGAAGUGUGCUUUCAGGACCUAUACUGGGAAAUACUGGACCCUCACUUCCAAUGGUGGGAUACAGUCCACUGCCUCAGCGAAGAACGCCAGCUGCUACUUCGACAUCGAAUGGUGCGACAAGCGCAUCACCCUGAAGGCUGCGAAUGGCAAGUAUGUCACGGCCAAGAAAAACGGGCAGCUCGCAGCCACUGUUGAGGCAGCAGGUGAGACGGAAUACUUCCUGAUGAAGCUGAUUAACAGACCAAUCAUUGUCCUUCGUGGGGAACACGGCUUCAUUGGCUGCCGCAAGGUGACUGGGACCCUGGACUGCAAUCGUUCCUCCUACGAUGUCUUUCAGCUGGAGUUCAGUGAUGGUGCCUACAAUCUCAAAGAUUCCACUGGGAAAUACUGGAUGGUGGGAAGUGAGUCCUCUGUCACCAGCAGCAGCAAUACGCCCGUGGACUUCUUCUUCGAGUUCUGCGACUAUAACAAAGUGGCUAUCAAAACCAAUGGCAAAUACCUGAAGGGUGACCAUGCUGGUGUCCUCAAGGCUUCCACCGAUGCAAUCGACCCCUCCACCCUCUGGGAAUAUUAAAUGCACUUUAGCUUUCCCCUUGCCAAUUUUUUGUUUUGUUUGGUUUCUCUUUUCUCUAAAAGGAUUUUCAGACUGGCUUGCUGCUCCCUCCUGCCAUAGAAGCCAAUCCAAUUUGUUGGAGGUUGGUCUUCCUUAUCUCUCUUACUUGGAUAGUGACCUAGGGAAAAUGCAACCUGUCUAUAGAGCUAGUGGGGUCUUUCCUUGGGUUUGUGUUGGGCUUUGAAAUUGUAGUUGCCAUCCUCCACCCUGGCUCUGAGCAUCACCUCUGUCCUCUCUUCCCCUAAAACUAAAGGGAAUAAGAUCACCUCUGCUCUCUUGUGCCAUAUUGGAGUGCUGGCACCAUAUCUCAAUCUCUACUGCCAAUGCCCAUGCUGCUGUCAAGCAAGGGCUAGCUUGCACAAAGCUGGAGAAUCUGAGUGCCAGCGUCCCACACUCCUGGUAUUUGCUCAGACCAAGGAAGGUGAGAUGGGUUAUGUUAGUCUCUAUCUAUGAUUAAAUGUGCUCUUCAUAGUUCCCAGCAUGGGGAGAAACUUUCUCCCCACUUGGUUUAUGAAGGAUAAAUAUUUUCAGUCCCUAGUGGGGGCAGAAGAGGUGAUCUAGCAGAUCCUAUCCAGCCCGUCAAGGGGCUGGUUUCAGCCAGCAAAACAGAACUCAGCUGCAGGACUAGCAAGCUUAACUCUCAGAACUGGAAAGACAUGCAGGGGGUUCAUCUAGAAACUCUCUCUUAAGGCCAAUCAGUCUAGAAGGCUUCAGACUCCCAGCUCCAUCAGUGGGAUUCCCCUUGUGCCCCAUGUGUGCUUUUAAGUGUCAAAGGAGCAUCUUGGAGCCUGUCUCAGCAGGUUCUAGCCUGAGAGGCUAAGGAAGCUGCUUUAGUGCUAAUCUUAGACUUUUUUGGAAGGGGACAGGCUUUUUGAAUUGAUACAGAUACUGUAGCUGGACACUGAGUGAAAUUGGUAGCAAUCCUCUGGCUCACCUUUGUGUGCAACUGGGGAAGACUUCCUCUACAAAAAAAAUCUUCUGCCAGCCAGGCUGGGAAUUUGAUUUCCCCGUGGCUGUUUAAAAGGGGUAGUAGAACUUGAACAGGAUGGGCAUACCUGCCUAUUGGUUAGCAAGGGUUGGGUCUUACAAGCGUUCUGACCUGCCUCCUCUCCCUGUCUUCAGGAGAAGUAGAGUGAGUCUGGCACACAGCAGUACUGCCCCACCAGCUGCCAUAUCUCAGUGGGUUUUUGCCCAACAACCAAGUCUUCUGGGCUACAGGAGCAGUGGGAGGAGAGCAGCAGUGUAAACUGACUGAUAUUUCUCAUUCCUUGGACAGUGGCUGGAAGCAAAAAUUGCAGAUCUCAGUUUAGAAUAGAAAACUCGUUAGCAACUUUUGCACAGUGGUAUUUGUUCACUUAUCUCAUACCCUACUGGAAUCUUAAAAUCCUCACUACAGAACAGUGUGGUGGCAAAGUGUAAAAUGACCAUUUCUAGUGUAUAGGUCUGAGAAAGCUAUCUCCUCUGCCAUUCCGGGGGGAGGACGACUAGUCAGUGUCUCUGACCCAAAUGCCAACUCUGCAUUGAUUGCAUGAAAACUUAGCAACAUUACUGGAAGCAGAAAGGACCAAAACAGUAUUUUUAAUGUCUAUUUAUAUAUGCUCUCCAUAGCACUAUUAUCAGCUGUUGUCUGCAUUAGAGUUCUAACAAUGUGUGCAUUUGUAAUAGGUAAUGCUAAACCUCUCUUUAGGGUAUCAGAAGGCACUUUGCCCUUUGAGGCUUUCCCAAGGGUGGUGUUCUGCUCCCUGUGACCACCUAAAUAGCCUAACUUUUUGUACUUGGCCAACCAGAUGUCCCAGUUUGAGCCUGUACCGAUUUUUUUUUGGGGGGGGGGGCGGAGAACAGGUGGAUGUAUUCCAGAUACAAGGUGCUGCAUCACAGCCAUAGGUUGUGUUCUAGUGGCUGGCUCCCAUGGGUCAGUCCACAUCUCCAUGCCUUGCUAAGCUAUAAACAGUGCAUGGUGCUUGUGGCUUCACAUCUGUGCCAAAACAAAGGGCCACUACCAGUGGCCGGCAGCAAGGUAGGGGGGGAGGGGUUCAUAAGCCUUAAAGCCACAUUGCCAUUAUAUGGGUUCUUCCUAUAGGAGCAUGGUGCUAAACUCUCUAUUUGGAGAGCAACUGGCACCCCUAAUCUGAGUGGGGAUGAAAUGGGCUCCCUACUGUCAUCUCUGCUCCUGUUGUGAUGUCAGGACUCUACCUCUGGGUUCAUCUACCUUCUUUCAAAUUCAGGGGUGAUCUUCUGUCAAUCUUGUCAGUGUUUAAACUACAAUCCACUAUAGGGACAAAGAUGCCUCUAAAGAAACAGGUGGCCUGCUGAAAUCCUGAAUGAUCCUGUGACUUGGCACAUAAUGCUUGCUGGCUUUCACAUCUAUUGUGGCCCUCUUCUCCCCACUCCUAGCUGCAGUUUGAACCAUGUAACUCCUGCUCUGGCUUCUUCCAUGUGACAAUAGGUCAAGAAUUUUUCAGUCUCCUUUAUCGGGUGUCGUGGCUUUGAAAACAUCUCACUCUGAAAUUUUGUUAACAGUUUUGGGUUUUUUUUAUUUUUUGUAAGUGCCAUUUGUAUAACUUAAGUAGCUUCAAGUGGAGAAAGAUCAAUAAAAACCUGCAUUUGGAAA